CCAAAAUCAGUUACAACCAUAAUCCCAUCACACAUGGGCCGAAAUAAGUUCACGAAUAGUGAGUCAAUCACGAGGGAGAGAAGAGCAAGCUUGAGAACGAGUCGUGCAAUUCGCACUCGAAAGUCCAUACUUCGAAGGAUGCCACGAAUCCCUACCAACGUCGUCGAAUCCAUGACUCUACGUAUUGUUGUCAUCGUUGAAAAACAGCGAAAAUGACCAAGAUUUCAAAUCAUGUACUCCGCAAUCCAACCAAACCACACAUGACAAAUUGCAUUCUUAACCUUUUUUAUUUAUUUUUUUGAAUGAUUCUUAAAACUAUUUUCAACCCUUUUAAGAGAGUUUCAUAAUUGUUGACGAUCACGAUGCCAUAUAAGCUCUAAGCUCCCUCUCCUGAGUUCCAGCAACUUCUCCUCAACGAUGACGUCAGCAACAAUCAUAAUAAUGCUCUUACAUUUUCUUGACGAUGGAAUUCGAAUAUGAAUGAAGAUACUCCAAAUCCCAACUCAUCCCCACUUGUCCUCACUCCUCCCUGCUGCUUUAGUUCAUAAAACAACAUAAAGCAACACUCUGCUCAUUAUAAAAAGAAAGCAAAUGUGAAAGAAAAUGGCUCCCACCGCCAUCGUCAUCCCCCACUACCACCAGUCCACCACCAUCUCCUCCUCUUUAUAACCAUCCCCGCCUCCUUCACUGAAUUCCCCCCUCUUCUCUCUUCUUCCUCUUUCCCCUCCAAUCUCUUCCUAGGGUUUGUUUCACCAUUGUUGGUUCCCCCCAUCUCUUCAAUUGAUGCUAUUAUGGGCUUCUUCGCCGAAGAUUCAGGCCUAAUCGUGACCCAUCUCCUCUACAAGGCAGCCCUCGUCCUCGCCCUCCUCAGAUGCGCUCUCUCCUGGGCUCUCAAACUCUGGCCCACAGCCGCCUCGCCGCCUUCCCCCCGCCGCCCUUCUCCUCAACAGAUCAGCGACCGCCUCAUCCUCACCACCUUCGCCGACGUCCUGGAGAGGAGGAGGGACCAGGACGAAACGGCGGCGUCUUGUGCCGUCUGCUUGAACCAGAUGAAUCCGGAGGACGAGGUGAGGGAGCUCCGCAACUGCUGCCACGUCUUCCACGGCGACUGCAUUCACAGGUGGAUCGAUCACGAAGUGGAUGAUGAUCAGGAGGAGGAAGGCGACGAGAGUAAUCACCGGACUUGCCCGCUCUGUAGGACGCCGCUGCUGACGGCGGCCCAGAGCGCGGUGGCGGAGCAGCAGCAGCAGCCCAGCUGGGCGGUGGAGAGAAUACUUUACCUUUUCGGGGAUGACCUGCUUGUCUCUUGAUUAUUAAUUAAUUAAUUGAUAAUUUUUUUUUUAUUGUUGUUGUCAUUUUGGCGUGGGAAUGAAGUUGUUGUUGCGGGUUGGCCCAAAAGAUCAUCACUUGAUUGAUUUUCAGUGGGGGGGAAGCAAUUUUUGUACAUUGUGGAUCUUAUACACAAAUUUAGGAAUAUGUAUAUAUGUUUAUGUCCAGCUUUUGAGUAGAUCAAAAUUUCAUGAAUGAUUGUCAUUUUUCUAACCAAUUGGAUUGGAAUGUUUUAGCCAAUUCCUGUGAAAUUAAGGAUGAAAAUGGGA